AUGGAACCAGCAGAGCCCCCCACCUGGAAUCUCUUUGUCGAUGGCUCGUCUGGAGAAACAGGCUCCGGAGCUGGUAUUGUGCUAGAAAGCCCAGAGGGGCACAAACCCAACUGCGCCGUGAGGCUCGGAUUCAAAGCUUCUAACAACAUGGCAGAAUACGAGGCCCUCUUAGCCGGACUUAGGCUAGCCAAGGAACUACAAGUGAGGAGGCUGAUUAUCAGCAGUGACUCACAGUUGGUGGUGAAUCAAGUUAAUGGAAACUUCAUGGCCAGGGAUAAACACAUGGCCGCCUACCUGAAGUUGGUUAUGAACUCUUUGCCAGACUUCGAGAAGUUUGAACUGAUUCAGGUGCCUCGCCAGGAAAAUUCUCAUGCGGAUGCCCUAUCAAAGCUGGCCAGCAGCAGAGACUCUAAAAUGCUCAAAAUGGUACCAAUCGAAUACUUAACAAAGCCCUCCAUUAAGAAAUGUGAAGAGCUGAUGUGGGCCAAAGCACACCGUCCUGGAUGGUGCCUAUCUUGGCCUACAUGA